AUGCGCAAACUACAACUUUUAAUCACCAUUUCACCACGUCUAAAAUACAGUACAUUAUUCAGAUCAAGAAAAAAAAUCACAAAAGCCGCUCAAGAACACAUCAUGAGCCGAUAUUGGUACAUAAUUCACCCUCACAGCCUUUUAGAAUAUUACUAUUCAUUUUAUAUUACCCUGGUUUAUAUUUUGGCAAUGAUUACUGUACCGGUUUUGGUGGUUACGCCCUCCACCAAUUUUUUUACGGGUUAUGUCGAUGAUGCUGAAGAAGUCGUGGUUUUGGAAACGAAACGUAUUGCUAAGAAGUAUGUGAUGUUUUAUUUUUGGAUGGAUUUGGUGAGCGCUGUGCCUGGGUUGACGUUUUUUGCAGGGAAUACGAAAACUGGUAGGUUGUUUGUUUUACGCCUACCCAAAACUCUUGCUCUACGGACGCGUCAUAACCCUAAAACACCUCAUUUUCAACUACUUCGACAAGCUGGGAAUAAAAACAAAAUACCACGAAGUGAUUUUUAUAAUAAUCUACACAUUCCUGACAUGUCACAACGUGAAUCCGAUUUCACGUUAUCCGUCCAUUUGGAAAACAUGAAAGUAUACUUUGUCGACAUGUUUUCGCACCGGGAAACCAGUUUUAUUGGUGAACCAAGAUACGCCUUAGUCUAUCUAAUAUCUAGCAUCACGAAUAUAUUCAAUGUAUCCUACAUCAUGGCUGUUAUAAUUAAUUUUAUCUUCAAUCAAUUCAUGCCUAAUACAAACUACGAGAGUAUGAUGUCUCAGUUGAAUGUGUAUAUGGCGGUGAAAAAAGUUCCGCAAAGGGUUCAGAAAAAGAUCAGGAAUUACUAUAGUUAUAGGUACAGACAGAAACAUUUUAAAGAAGAAGUCCUGAUUUCUAUGUUGACGCCUAAUUUAAGAACUGAUUUGAAAUUGACCUGGUGCGGGAAGGUUUUUGAGAAGAUGGAUUUGCUGAAAAAUAUGCCGAGGUACGUCCUAGAACUUCUAAUGCGACACCUAAAGGCCGAAAUAUAUUGCCCAAACGACACAAUAAUUAGAGUGGGAGCUAGGGGCGACUGUAUGUAUUUCCUUGUAACAGGUUCAGUGACGAUUAUUACCGCAAAUGGACGAGAAGUGUGUCAUUUAUACGAUGGAGACUUUUUUGGAGAAACAGCUUUAGUGUUGAAGGGCCAGAGAAGAUUGGCCAGUGUUGUGGCCAUUGAGUAUUGUGAAUUAUUCAGAUUGGACGCCCAUGAUUUUAUUAGGAUUGCAAAAGAGUCUCAGGAGUUAACUGAUAGAUUGAAGGCUGUUGCACAGGAUAGGAGAUCUGAGACUAAUUUAUUUGAGAUGGAAAGAAUGCAGACUAUGAGGGAUAAUUUUGAAGUUUAUGAAGAAUAUUGA